GCUUUGAGUUUCUGAGAUCGGAGAAAGGAAAUCUAUGGCGGAAGCAAGAAGAUUUAGCCCAGAUAAUGAAUUAGAUGUUGGCCAAAUACUCUCAGAAGCACGACAUCGAUGGCUUCGUCCUCCUGAAAUCUGUGAAAUUUUACAGAAUUACCAAAGAUUUCAAAUUUCUACUGAGCCACCUACUACACCAUCAAGUGGGUCUGUUUUUAUGUUUGAUCGAAAGGUGCUCAGAUACUUCAGGAAAGAUGGGCACAAUUGGAGGAAGAAAAAAGAUGGAAAGACUGUGAAAGAAGCUCAUGAGAGGUUGAAGGCGGGUAGCGUUGAUGUUCUACAUUGUUACUAUGCGCAUGGACAAGACAAUGAAAACUUUCAAAGGCGCAGCUACUGGUUGCUUCAAGAAGAGCUUUCCCACAUAGUUUUUGUCCAUUAUCUCGAAGUGAAGGGUAGUAGAGUUUCUACUUCUUAUAACCGGAUGCAAAGGACUGAAGAUGCUGCUCGGUCUCCUCAAGAAACUGGGGAAGCCUUGACCAGUGAACAUGAUGGUUAUGCUUCUUGCAGCUUCAAUCAAAACGAUCAUAGCAAUCAUUCACAAACUACUGACUCAGCAAGUGUCAAUGGUUUUCACUCUCCAGAACUUGAAGAUGCUGAAUCAGCAUACAAUCAGCAUGGAAACUCCAUAGCUUACUCUCAUCAAGAACUUCAGCAGUCUGCAACAGGAGGAAGCCUUACUAAUUUUGAUCCUUACUAUCAAAUCUCUUUGACGCCCAGGGAUAAUUAUCAAAAAGAGCUUCGCACAAUCCCCGUAACUGAUUCUUCAGUUAUGGUAGACAAAAGCAAAACUAUCAACAGUCCUGGAGUAACAAAUGGGUUAAAAAACAGAAAAUCCAUUGAUUCCCAAACCUGGGAAGAGAUUCUGGGAACUUGUGGUUCUGGAGUUGAAGCCUUACCUUUGCAGCCUAACAGUGAGCAUGAAGUACUGGACCAAAUACUCGAAAGCUGCUCUUUUACAAUGCAAGAUUUUGCCAGUCUACAAGAGUCCAUGGUCAAAAGCCAGAAUCAGGAGUUAAAUUCAGGACUUACAUCUGAUCGUACCGUGUGGUUCCAAGGACAAGAUGUGGAGCUAAAUGCUAUAAGCAAUCUAGCUUCGAAUGAAAAAGCUCCAUAUCUAUCUACGAUGAAACAGCAUCUGUUGGACGGUGCAUUGGGCGAAGAAGGUUUAAAAAAGAUGGACAGUUUCAAUCGCUGGAUGAGCAAAGAACUUGGAGAUGUUGGUGUUAUAGCUGAUGCAAACGAGUCCUUUACUCAAUCAAGUUCGAGAACCUACUGGGAAGAAGUUGAGAGUGAGGAUGGGUCCAAUGGUCACAACUCUAGGAGGGACUUGGAUGGAUAUGUUAUGAGUCCUUCCCUCUCAAAGGAACAGCUCUUUAGCAUCAAUGACUUCUCUCCAAGCUGGGCAUAUGUGGGUUGUGAAGUGGUGGUUUUUGUCACUGGAAAAUUCUUAAAGACUCGGGAGGAGACUGAAAUUGGCGAGUGGUCUUGCAUGUUUGGGCAAACAGAAGUUCCAGCAGAUGUUAUAUCUAAUGGUAUUCUCCAAUGUGUUGCUCCUAUGCAUGAGGCUGGAAGAGUUCCGUUUUAUGUAACAUGUUCCAACAGAUUGGCAUGCAGUGAAGUGCGUGAAUUCGAGUAUAAGGUUGCCGAGUCUCAAGUUUUUGAUAGAGAAACAGAUGAUGAGUCUACUAUUAACAUUCUUGAGGCAAGAUUUGUUAAACUGUUGUGCUCAAAAUCUGAAAUCUCAAGCCUUGUUCCCAGGAAUGACAGUCAUUUGUCCCAAUUGAGCGAGAAGAUUAGUUUACUGCUUUUCGAGAACGAUGACCAGUUGGAUCAGAUGCUCAUGAAUGAAAUCUCCCAAGAAAAUAUGAAAAACAACCUUUUGCAGGAAUUUCUGAAAGAAAGCUUACACUCAUGGCUUUUACAAAAGAUAGCAGAAGGUGGAAAAGGUCCAAGUGUUUUGGAUGAAGGUGGCCAAGGUGUAUUACAUUUUGCAGCUUCUCUUGGUUACAACUGGGCCUUAGAACCAACAAUAAUCGCCGGUGUAAGCGUUGAUUUUCGCGAUGUAAAUGGUUGGACCGCACUUCAUUGGGCAGCUUUCUUUGGCAGGGAGAGGAUAAUUGGUUCACUCAUAGCUCUUGGUGCUGCUCCUGGAACUUUAACUGACCCAAAUCCAGAUUUCCCAUCAGGAAGCACACCUUCUGAUCUAGCCUAUGCUAAUGGUCACAAAGGAAUUGCUGGUUAUCUCUCAGAAUAUGCCUUAAGGGCCCAUGUUUCUUUGCUCAGUCUAAAUGAUAACAAUGGGGAAACUGUUGAGACCGCUCCUAGCCCAUCCAGCUCAUCAUUGACAGACUCGUUGACAGCUGUACGUAACGCUACUCAGGCUGCAGCUCGGAUUCAUCAGGUUUUCAGGGCUCAGUCUUUCCAGAAGAAGCAACUAAAAGAAUUUGGAGAUAGAAAGCUUGGAAUGUCGGAGGAGCGUGCUCUUUCAAUGCUUGCUCCUAAAACACACAAAUCAGGACGGGCCCAUAGUGAUGAUUCCGUGCAAGCCGCUGCUAUCCGGAUUCAGAACAAGUUCCGCGGUUACAAGGGAAGAAAAGACUAUUUGAUUACCAGACAAAGAAUCAUUAAAAUACAGGCUCAUGUGAGAGGUUAUCAGGUUAGGAAAAACUACAGAAAGAUAAUUUGGUCAGUGGGGAUAUUAGAGAAGGUGAUAUUGCGUUGGAGACGGAAAGGAGCUGGUUUGCGCGGGUUUAAGUCAGAAGCACUUGUUGAUAAGAUGCAAGAUGGAACAGAGAAAGAAGAAGACGAUGAUUUUUUCAAACAAGGAAGAAAGCAAACAGAGGAAAGGCUACAAAAAGCUCUUGCAAGAGUGAAGUCAAUGGUUCAAUAUCCUGAAGCUAGAGAUCAAUACCGUAGAUUGCUAAAUGUUGUCAACGACAUCCAAGAAAGCAAGGUCGAAAAGGCUCUUGAAAAUUCAGAAGCAACAUGUUUUGAUGACGAUCUGAUAGAUAUUGAAGCAUUGUUGGAAGAUGAUGACACAUUGAUGUUGCCUAUGUCCUCAUCUAUGUGGACCAGUUAAACCACUCCCAAGCUUUAUUGUGUGAUAUUGUGUCACAGUUUUAUUGACUCAUUAAACUUGUAAAUUCUUA